UAUUAGCGUAGCGAAUAUACUCGUCGUAGCGGCUGGGUAUUUAGUGUAAGAUACGUGUACACUGUUGAGGGCUUAAUCUAUGGCAACUUUGCUUUAAUUUUGAUCAAAAUAAUACUAAUCAGGGACCUAGACAAUUUUUUUGGUAGGCCCCUGUAUAGAUAUGUAUAUAUGUAUAUAUAUAUAUAAUUUAUUAAAUCAAAAAUGGAUAUUUGGAGGAUUUGCUUGCUACUUUGCAUCUCUGGAAGCGUAUCAGGGACAACAAAACAAGUUUUUGAAGUAUUCAAUAGACUGGCAGGUAUUGGAUGCCUUGCAAUAGAUGACACUAUACCGGACAAUAUUGUUAUCACCAACCACGUUGAGAACGCGCACGGUGCCCAGGGUGUCAAUUCCUGCGACACCUUAUUCUCUGUCAAGGACAUUCCAGUUUUGAUUUUCGGAAGAAUAUAUAAUACAAUAGUUCGAUGGGAUCCGUUAAAAGGUGUUUUCAAUUUUAAGACUAAACUUCACGAUGUUCCAGAAGAACAAAGUAAUAACACAGUUCUGUUAAUUUUACAAAAAGUAAAUUCGUUUGCGUUGAAUUUCAAAUCAUGUAAGGUCGGGGACCAUAGAGAAUACCGGAUUCAUUUACAAGUGGAAUUCUCUAGCGGGACAACGAUAAACAUCGAUGCAGGUGUAAGUGAAAACUAUGCCUUUGCGGAUGCAAGCAUAUCAGUCUUGGGCGUCUAUACCGCUUCAGCUGGAGUGAAGAUAAACUGGAAUAAAUGGAGCAGCCUGGCGCUCGAAGGUAAUCUCCGAGUUGUGGCUGUGGGCAAAGACCGCGGGUACAUUUCCAGUCUAGGUAAUGUAGCAAGACUGAUAGGGAAUGGACCAACAGAAAUCAUUAUUGGUCUGCAGAACACGUUGAAAUCAGCUAACAGAUGUUUAAAACGAGGACAGGAAUAUUUAUUGGAGAAACAGCUAGCUGUAAAAAGCGCACAUUCCUAUUUCGACGCCGGAGUAGCGAAAUUAGGAGCUGCAAAACAAUAUUUCGAAGAAAAGAACCGCGACUUGCAAAAUAAGAGAACACUAUUAAAAACUUACCAAGCGAACACAGAUGCAAUCUGUGAUAUUCAACGAUGCCAAUUAAUAUGCAUUCCUAGAUUGAAGCGCGACACUUGUUAUACAUUCGGCUUUUUUCACCCCUGUCUGCGUAAGACAGGUUGCAUGUUAGAAAUAGAUCAUCCUGUUUGCUUUGUUAAUAACUUUGUGUGCAAGACUAUGCAAGGAGCGGCGUAUGAAGCACUGGAGGUUGCCCAAGGUGCGGUCCGACUGGCGGAAACUGUAGUAGAAGGUGCACAAAUCGCAUUAACAGCUGCACAAGUCGUCGUUAACGAAUCGCGUGUCUCAGUAGAUUCAGCGGUCGCGGUUCUGAACAUUAUUGAAAAGGGAAUCGGAACGGUAAUGUAUGUGAUUGAAAAGGCCGCUAAUGGGUUGGAAGCUGUUGAAUACCUAGUCAACCAUGGAGUCAACUUGACGACGUCGAUUAUUGAAGUAGUAUCGGAUAGCGUCAUUGACGUCCGCGAUUGUGGAGUCACUGAAUUUGCGUAUCUAUCAACAGACAUCCUAGAAUCAGGCAUCGAAAUAGUUUGCGAAGUAAAUUUUCGAGGACGUGGAUAUAAGAGUGUUUCGCGACGCUUACGUUUGUGCGAUAUGUUCUCACCUAGCAAAUGCAAUAAUUAACAAAACAACGUUCGUUUUAAAAUAUAUUGAUCAAAUUCAUACUUUUGUGUUUAUUUAUGCUUGUUUUGUGUUUGAUUUAUAUCCUGUAAUAGCUGA